AUGCUACUCGGAGUAGCAAAGUCUGCCUCACUGCCAUCACGACUUCUGCACCGUAGUAGGUUCUACACGACACCGACAUCAUCUUCUCGUGCUGUCCCGAUCUUGCCUGAUGCCUCAUUGACGACAUUUCGAGACCACGCUUUCGUCCCUGCUGUGCCAUCUCUCCUACCUCGCGGAUCAUUUUCUUCCAUUCCGGCUAGUCAAACAUGGUUCCAUGAGUCUUCGGAGCGUGAUGAUUGUUGCCAUCUCAACACUGCUUACCUGAAGAAAUGGGGUUCAACUGUUGUUCCCUUGGAGAUUACGAAUAAAGAUGGUACAUUCGCUCAGAUCCAUCAACCUCUUCAAUUCUUUCUCGAGUAUGUUGUGUCAUCACAAGUGCGAGUUGCAGCCAGGUCGCUGACUAUCAGCAGUGCUUCAGAACUUGAGACCAAGGCUAGCAUUUAUUUAGCACAAGCUUCAUUGUCUGACCUGCCAUCCUCCCUCCUGGAAGAUCUACCCACACCAGAACUCGUGUUGAAGGCUGGCAAAGGCGAUGUCUAUGACACAAGUAUUUGGUUAGGUCGCGCGCCGACUUAUACACCUCUGCACCGUGAUCCUAACCCAAAUCUGUUCGUUCAACUGGCCGGUAAGAAGCAGGUUCGGCUCUUCAAGCCUGACGUGGGCAACGCCAUCUUCUAUCAUGUUCAGACGACUAUUGGAGGAGCUGCCAAUGCCACCAUGCGAGGCGCCGAGAUGAUGGAAGGCGCUGAACGUACCGCACUCGAACAAGCCGUCUGGAACCCUUCCUCGGGCGCUUUCUGGAUGUCCCAAGGACUCCAGUGCGAAGUUGGUCCAGGUGAUGGUCUUUUCAUUCCGAAAGGAUGGUGGCAUAGUAUCAAGGGCGUUGGGCAGGGUAUGAUCGGUUCUGUGAAUUGGUGGUUUCGAUAA